CAAGCCAGCACUGUUCCUGCAGCCCAGGGCUCUGGGCCAGCCCAGGCCCCAUUUCUCCAAGGCUCCCCAGCCUGUGCCCCUGCCCAGGGCUGCCCCCAGCCCCAGCCUCUCUGACAUCCCCCCCGGCUGUUAGCAGACGUGCUCAGACAGGGCCAUGAGGUGCAGCGGAGCAGAGCUAAUCUCUGCUCUGCAGUGGCUCGGGGAGGUGGGAAUGUGUGGCAGGGGGUCCCGGGUGCUGCUGGUGCUCACAAUGGCACGAGCAUCCCCCAGGCCUGCUCCACGCGCUCCCAGCCCUGCAGCAGGACUCUGCCCAUGGCAGGAGCCCAAGGGAGCCACGAGCAGGGAACCCCACACGUCCCUGCCCCAUCUCUGCCUGACCCUGCCCUUGUGCUGCCCCUGCCCCUGCCCCAUCCGCCCCCAGCCUGCUCAGACCUGGUCCCUUCUGCUCCUGCCCUGCUCUCCCGUGCACAUCAAGGCUCCCCGCAGGAGCCCUGGCUUCCUGCCCCUCUCACAGCCACCCUGCUCCAGCUCCCUGAGCCAGCAGGAGCUGAGGAGCCCCCAGACCAGCCCAAACGGCCCCCCAGGAUCAGGUGGGCACGGUGGGGACCGCAGGCACAGCCUCCCCCAGCUCUCCCACGUCCCGUUCCCACGCUGGGGCUCUGCAGGGAGCAGGGUUUGGGGAGCGCCUCCCACACCCCCCAGCCCGGCUGCUCGCGGGUCACCAGUGACCUGGAAAGGGCGCACGGAGGAUGCGCCGGCUGCAGGCCAGGAGCCCGGCACUGCCCUGGGAUCUCCCCCAGGCCAGGUUGUUCCCACCCGGCACUCCCACAGGACGGAGCAUCUUGGCCAGCCCCCACCCAGCAGGGUUUAAAUCCCGGUUGGCGGGGCGCAGCAGCACAGCUCCCCCCAGCAUCAUGAUGCCAGGUGCUGGCACCCUGGUGCUGGUGCUCCUGGCCCUGUGCGUGGAGCUUCCCCCCUCCCCAGCCCAGCAGCCCCGAGCAGGGGACCAUGGCGCUGCCCCCACUGCCGGCCCCCUGCCGCGCCGUGCCCCGCGGGGCCGCAGGCUGCCAGCCACCCCGCCAGCCCCGGGCAAAGCAGGCGAGUGCCCGGCAGCGGGGAGCAGCCCCCCGCGCCCCAGCAGGCUGUACUGCCUCUCCGACCACAGCUGCCCCGGGGCUGAGAAGUGCUGCCGCCGCGGGGACGUCCGCGCCUUGCCUCCUCCCCGCCACAGAGAGCCCAGGCUACUGCCCCCGUGCCGGCCCCAGCGGGGCGAGCUGCGGGGCGAGCUGCAGCAACGACACCGCCUGCGGCCCUGCGGAGAAGUGCUGCACCCACAGCUGCUGCGCACGCUGCCUGCCCGCACAGCCAGCCAAACCCGGCCUCUGCCCGCGGAAGCGAGCACGGCGCGGCACAGCAGCGUGCCCCAGCCACUGCGCUGACGACAGGGACUGCCCCGGGGACCACAAGUGCUGCUUCUCCGGCUGCGGCCUGGCCUGCACCUCCCCGCACACAGCAAAGCCCGGUGCGUGCCCCGUGGUGCUGCGGGGCUCCCUGGGGCCCUGCCAGGAGCUGUGCGACACCGACGGAGACUGCCCGGGGGCAAGGAAAUGCUGCUCCACCGGCUGUGGCCACAUCUGCAAAGCGCCCGCUGAGGCCCGGCCGGGGCUCUGCCCCCCCGCAGCCACUGGUGUCGGAGCCGGCGAGUGCCUCACGCUGUGCCUGCAGGAUGAGGACUGCCCCCCCAGCCUCAAGUGCUGCCUGCGGGACUGCGGCCGGGCGUGCGUCCCCCCGCUGCAGGGCACAGCCUAGCCCUGGCUGGGGAGGGCGGCACCGGGAGCUGCCGUUUUGGGGCCGUUCCCAGCCCGUGCCAUCGCGUCUCCAUGACGAGCCCGAGGUGUGAGGCGAAGCCCCGCGUCCUGCUCCCGCUGCGCCUGCCCAGCCCGUGCCAGGCACAGGUGCCCCCGCUCCGCUUGGAAGCACCGAGACCGAAUAAAGCAGCUCCUGGCAGCCCGGC